AUGAAGAAUAGUUCUGACGAUCGUCCGAAUUCUCCAAAAAUUCGAUAUUGGAAUCAUGUUCACAUUAACAUUCCUGCUAAUGCUAAAUGGGCACAGAACGGUGUGACUGUUGCUGGAGGCAACGGGUGUGGGAAUGCCACCAAUCAAUUCAAGCAGCCUCUUGGUCUCUUCGUUGAUGAUGAUCAAACAGUGGUUAUUGCUGAAAACGGGAAUCAUCGUAUCAUGCGAUGGAAGAACGGUGAUACAACGAAUGGACAAGUUGUUGCUGGUGGUAAAGGCGAAGGAAAGGGAUUACAUCAGUUGAAUCAUCCAACUGCUGUAUUAAUUGACAAAGAGACGGAUAGUCUCAUUAUUUGUGAUGCAGGGAAUGGACGAAUUGUACGAUGGUCUCGUCGUAGUGGUACAACACAAGGAGAAAUCCUUAUCGACAGAAUCGCCUGUUGUGGAUUGACAAUGGAUGAACAUAGAUCUCUCUACGUCUCCGACGUCGUAAAACAUGAAGUAAGACGAUAUCAACGGGGUAAGAAUUACACUCUCGUAGCUGGUGGUAAUGGUAAAGGUGAUGGACUCAGUCAACUCAACUUUCCGACACAUCUCUUUGUCGAUCGAGAUCAUUCAGUGUACGUAUCAGACAGAGAUAAUCAUCGCGUAAUGAAAUGGGUGGAAGGUGCAGAAGAAGGUAUUGUGGUCGCUGGAGGACAAGGCGAAGGGAAUGCUCUGACACAAUUGUCUGCUCCGGAAGGAAUUUUCGUUGAUACGUUGGGUACACUCUAUGUAGCAGACCAGGGGAAUAAUCGUGUGAUGCGUUGGACUCAAGGAGCAAAACAAGGCACUGUAAUUGUGGGUGGAAACGGUUCAGGAGCAGGACCAAAUCAGUUUGACGUCCUCGCUGGUUUGUCUUUCGAUCGACAUGGUAAUCUCUAUGUCGCCGAUUAUAAUAAUCAUCGUGUUCAACAAUUUUCUAUCGAAUGA